AUGGCAGCGCUCUUGAUUCUUAUGGCGAUGAUGGGGCUGGCGGCCGGGCUAGAGCCCAGCAGCGGGUCAGGGAGCGUGUGCAGGAACACAGUACAAGGACCGAAGCAUGUGGUGGAUGAUCAGGGCUACUUCUGCUCGGUCGACCAGGUAGACUAUCAGACCGGAUGCUGCGAUACCAAGAAAGUAACCGAACCUCGCUGGAGCUGCCGCAGCUGCGAGGCAGAGACGAAGUGCUGCGACCACUACGAAAACUGCGUCUCCUGCUGCCUGAACCCCUCCAACGACGAGCUUCGCAACACCGCCAUGGCUGCCAGCAGGGACAAGAAGACCUUCGCCGACGCCGUCAAGCGCAAGGACUCGUUCGAGUUCUGUAGGGCGAGCUGCAGGACUUCGAGCAAGAGCACGGUACACGGCAAUGCGUACAUCAGCGAGAAGCGAUUCUGCCUCUCUCCUUCCAUCUUGAGCAACACGCUCCCUGCAGACGUUGCGGUCACCGUGGGGAAGCAAGGAGAGUCUUGCGCGGAGGUUUGCUCCAGUGUUGGCAAGCGAUGCGACACAAGGUACAUAACCAGCAUCAACACGUGCGAGGUCCUCCAGAAGAACUUCCCAUGCAAGAACACCUGCGAGAAGAACUACGGCCACGACCAGCCAGCAUACGUCUCAGCACAAUCCAACACAGAGAUGUUCGGUGCAAGUGUUUGA